AUUACGUCGGAGCCCCGUUCUGCGUGCGCGCGCGCCCCGCCCGGCCCGUUUCCGUUCGCGGCAGCCGGAGCCUGGGCCACGGGGGCAGGAAGCGGCGGCAGGAGUGAGACGUGCGGAGCCUGCAGUAAUGGCAGCCAUUCGAAAAAAGCUGGUUAUAGUCGGUGAUGGAGCCUGUGGAAAGACCUGUCUGCUGAUUGUAUUUAGCAAAGACCAGUUCCCUGAAGUUUAUGUUCCUACAGUGUUUGAAAAUUAUGUAGCAGAUAUUGAAGUGGAUGGAAAGCAGGUUGAGUUGGCCUUGUGGGAUACAGCAGGGCAAGAAGAUUAUGAUCGACUUAGACCUCUUUCAUAUCCAGAUACAGAUGUUAUACUUAUGUGUUUUUCAAUUGAUAGUCCUGAUAGUUUAGAAAACAUUCCAGAGAAGUGGACUCCUGAGGUGAAACAUUUCUGUCCCAAUGUACCUAUCAUUCUGGUAGGAAACAAGAAGGACUUGAGGAAUGAUGAGCACACAAGACGGGAGCUGGCCAAAAUGAAGCAGGAGCCUGUAAAACCUGAAGAAGGCAGAGACAUGGCAAACCGCAUUAGUGCAUUUGGAUAUAUGGAAUGCUCUGCAAAGACCAAAGAUGGUGUGAGGGAGGUUUUUGAAAUGGCCACUAGAGCUGCUUUGCAAGCCCGGCGUGGCAAGAAAAAAUCUGGGUGCCUUCUCUUGUAAAGCAUGGCCAGAAGAUGGCCAAGGCAGCCCCCUGCACUUGAGUAAUUUUGAAGUGCUGUUUAUUAAUCUUAGUGUAAGAUUACUGGCCUUUUUCAUUUACCUUUAAUUUACUUUUAAAAAAUCAAGUCAUCUUGCUACCAGUAUUUAGAAGCCAACCAUAAUUUUUAUAACAGUCUACAUCAAAUUUAUCUGUGUACAAAAGGUUAACUUUAACAUUCCUUUAACAAACCUUCGCUGCACUCACACAAUAUGCCAGGCGCUAAUUGAAGGCAAUUUUCAAACUUGUUUCUUUCUAGAAAGAGAAAAAAGAUGGUAAUAGAGAAUUGAAAUGUAACUACUUUAUAACUAACAUCCUCUUCUAAUUGAGUACAACAGCUGUAUAGCUGCAUGUGGAAUUCAGACAAACUUCAGUGCUGUCACAUUUAGGAAAGUUGGAUUUUCAUCUAAGGUAUAAAACAAUAGGUAUAAUAAUGGGUCUAAGGUAUAAAACAAUAGUUUGAAAAUGUGAUCACCCUGAAAAGUCCCAUCCAGCUAUUGAAAAGCAACAGUUCUGUGGUUUCAUGUUAGUUACCUUUUAGUUGCUGUGUAAUUAGUGCCACUUAAAUGUAUGUUACCAAAAAUAAAUCUAUUUACCCAGGCCUAGAUGUAGUAUUUUUUGUAUAAUUGGACUUCCUAAUGCUGCUACUUGUAAUCUCUGUGUAAUGUGUUAUGGUUUUUUUUUAAGAAACCGUAUUUGAAAAUAAAGUUUGAUGGAAAGCAGCUGAUCUUUCUCCCCCACCUAAACUCAUUUGUUUGUGACUGACCCAUUUGUAUGGUUUAAAUUAUA